AUGUUGCUGCUUCAGUGCAGAAAUCCAGCCUCUCUUCCAAGGCCAUGUAACUUGGUACCAAAUGUAAAAAUGGAGAUCCUCCUGGUUUUGCUGGGUCUGCUCGGUAACUCUGCCGCCAUGCCUUUCCAGAUGCCAAUGCCCCGGAUGCCUGGAUUUAGCAGUAAAAGUGAAGAGAUGAUGCGAUAUAGUCAAUUCAACUUUAUGAAUGCCCCGCCUAUGAUGCAUAUGGGCCCCUAUGGAAACGGUUUGCCAAUGCCUCCACACAUGCCUCCGCCGUACCCUCCAUACCAGAUGCCCAUGUGGCCUCAGCCAGUACCCAAUGCAUGGAAUCCACCCCCAAUGCCCAAUUUCCCAAGCAAGCCUGAUCAAACCCAGGAGACUGCCAAACCCAACCAGACCAAUCCGCAAGAGCCACAACCACAGAAGCAGCCUCCAAAGGAACCACCAAAUGAAGCAGCACGGGCCAAAGAGGAAGCCCAGCCACCUCAGCCAUUUCCACCAUUUGGCAAUGGGCUUUACCCCUAUCAACAACCACCAUGGCCUAUUCCACAGAGGGGACCACCACCAGCCUUUGGACGUCCAAAAUUCAGCAAUGAAGAAGGAAAUCCUUACUAUGCAUAUUUUGGAUAUCACGGCUUUGGGGGUCGUCCUUAUUAUUCGGAAGAGAUGUUUGAAGAUUAUGAAAAACCCAAAGAAAAAGAUCCUCCUAAACCAGAGGACCCACCCCCAGACGACCCACCCCCAGAGGCCUCCACUAACUCAACUGUGCCAGAGGCUAAUGCCACACAGUCAGUUCCUGGAGGAAGUCAAGGCGGAAAUGAUACUAGCCCAAUAGGGAACAGCCCUGGGCCGAAUGCUGGCAACAACCCUACAGUUCAAAAUGGUAUCUUCCCUCUCCCUAAAGUAAAUGUUUCAGGCCAAGGAGUAUCGAAAAACCAAAUUCCGUGGAGACCAAGUCAGCCAAAUAUUUAUGAGAAUUAUCCUUAUCCGAAUAUGCGAAAUUAUCCUUCAGGAAGACAAUGGCAAACCACCGGUACCAUGGAGCCCAGACAGAACAGACCUGGUUACCAAAACCCACAAAUACAAAGGGGUCCUCAGUGGAAUUCCUUUGAUUGGGAAGGCAAACAAACUACUCGUCCAGGAAAUCCAACUUACCGCAAACCUCUCCCUCCUACUUCAGGAGUCAAAUAUCCCAACUCUGCAGGAAAUCCAGUAAAUUUUGGAAGAAAAUUGCCUGGGCCAAAUAAACCCUUUCUGGGAGCCAAUCCGGCCCCAAAUAAACCCUUCGUGGGACCCAAUCCGGCCUCAAAUAAGCCCUUCAUGGGAACCAAUCCAGCCUCAAAUAAACCCUUCAUAGGAACCAAUCCAGCCUCAAAUAAACCCUUCAUGGGAACCAAUCCAGUCCCAAAUAAACCCUUCAUGGGAACCAACCCGGCUUCAAAUAAACCCUUUCUGGGAGCCAAUCCAGCCUCAAAUAAACCCUUUGUGGGAACCAAUCCAGCCUCAAAUAAACCCUUUCUAGGAGCCAAUCCAGCCUCAAAUAAACCCUUUGUAGGAACCAAUCCAGUCCCAAAUAAACCUUUUGUGGGAGCCAAUCCAGCUGCAAAUAAACCCUUUGUGGGAACCAAUCCAGCUGCAAAUAAACCAUCUACAGGAACCAAUGCUGCCUCAAAUAAACCAUUUGUGAGAAACAAUGCUGCCGCAAAUAAACCACUUGUGAGAAACAAUGCUGCCUCAAAUAAACCAUUUGUGGGUGCCAAUGCUGCCUCAAACAAACACCCUGUGGGAACCAAUGUGGCCUCCAUGGGUCCUAAACAGGUUACUGAUAGCCACAAUGUGAAAACCCAAAAUCCAAAGGAAAAGUCACCAGGUCAAAAAGAAAGAACAGUCAGUUCCACAAAAGAUACAGCCAGACCCUGGAGAAACUCUCAACAAUAUGGAAUUAACAAACCAAAUUAUAAUUUGCCUCACCAUGAGGGUAGCAGGGUAGGCCCAAAUUUUAAUUCUUUUGAUCAACAAGAAAACCCCUACUUCUCAAGAGGAGAUUCCAGAAGAAUGCCAAGUCCAAAAAUACAAAUCCAAAGCCAGAAUCUGCCCAAAGGAAUUGCUUUAGAGCCAAGAAGAACCCCAUUUGAAUCAGAAACUAAGAAACCUGAAUUAAAGCACAGUACACAACAGCCUGCGUACCCUAAGAAAAUCCCUUCUCCUACAAGAAACCGUUUCCCUGCUGAAAGAAACUCCUGGAAUCACCAAGAAAUCCCUCCACCCUUAAAGGAUCAUGGGAGGCAGGAAGAAAUGUUACCUUAUCCUUCCUAUGGCUCUAGAGGGAAUAUUUUUUACCAUGACUAUAACAACCCUUACUAUCCUAAUGAGAACUCACCAUACAUUAGAAGCAAUACAUGGAAUGAGAGGGUUAGCUCUCCCAGUACUAUGAGGCAACCAGAAAAUCCACAGUACCCCAUGAAUUCUCUAGACCAGAAGGAGACAGAGCAGUAUAAUGAAGAGGAUCCAAUUGAUCCAAAUGAAGAUGAAUCUUUUCCAGGACAAAGUAAAUGGGGUGAUGAAGAGCUGAACUUCAAAGGAAGCCCAACAAUUAGGCAGUAUGAAGGUGAUAAAUACGCCUCAACCCUACCACAAGAAUAUCUUCCCUAUUCCUUAGGUAAGCCACCUAAGGAAACUUUUCCUUACAGUGAAAUCUAUCCCUGGAACCCACAUGAAAAUUUUCCAAUCUAUAAUCCAGGUCCUACGAUAGCACCACCUGUGGACCCCAGAAAUUAUUAUAUUAAUAAUGCCAUAGGACAAGAAGAAAGCACUCUCUUUCCUUCAUGGACCUCCUGGGACCACGGGAAUCAAGCACAGAAGCAAAGAGAAAGUGAGCCAUAUUUCAGUGGAAAUAUCUGGGGUCAGUCCACAAGUUCACACAAAUCUAAUCCACCAAACCAGAAGAGGAACCAUCCUACCAGUUCCCCUGCUGGACUUCCGAAAGACCCAACAUGGCUUGAAGGUGAGAAUCUGAACUAUGAUUUACAAAUUACUAAUUUAAGUCCACCAGAGAGAGAACAGUUGGCUUUCCCUGAUUUCAUUCCUCAAAGUUACCCAUCAGGCCAAAAUGAAGCACACUUAUUUCACCACAGUCAGAGAGGUUCCUGCUGUAUUGGUGGCUCCACGGCACACAAAGACAAUGUGCUGGCCCUACAAGACUACACUUCAUCCUAUGGUCUUGCACCAAGGGAGACCAAAAAAACCAGCCCUGUGCAUACAGAAAGUAGUUAUACCAAGUAUGCAAGACCUAAUGUCUCCCCAACCAGCAUCCUACCUAGUCAAAGAAACAUCUCAGAGAAUAAACUAACUGCAGAGCCAAACCCAAGUCCUUUUGGAGAUGGUGUCCCUGCUCUGAGGAGGAACACACCAUAUUCUGGAAAGAAUCAACUAGACACCGGAAUUAUGGCCUUUCCUGAAGCCAGCUCUCCUCAGCCAAAAAAUACACCCUGUCUUAAAAGUGACCUUGGAGGAGAUCGGAGGGAUGUUCUGAAACAAUUUUUUGAAGGCAGCCAGCUCAGUGAAAGAACUGCUGACCUUAUUCCUGAACAGCUUGUUAUUGACAUCCCUGAUAAAGGCUCUGGCCCAGACAGCAUACAAAGUGAAGGCCAAGGAAAUGGGGACGAGAUGCAGCAGCAAAGACCACCUACCAUCCUUAAGGUGCCAUGUUUUAGCUCCAAAUUAGCAAAGUUUCACUCUUCAAGCACUGGACCUCCAACUAAUGAUGGAAGACAAAGCCUGCUUAAUGGUGCUCUCUCUACACCUACUGAAAAUCCUAAGACAUCAGUUGGGUUAGCUACGAGGGAACAAUUUAAAAGUAUAAAUGUAGAUCAAGCGAAUGCAGAUGAACACACUACAUUUGAAGCUUUUCAAGGAACCAGUCAAGAGGACCAAGUACAAGGCUGCUUACUGCUUCAGGCUUAG